CGGCUUCAUGCAUGUAGGGAGGAUGUGGUCGUCAGCUGUGGAGAUGGAGCCUGAAACAUAAAGGAGAGCGAAGUUUUUCCUCUGUUACGUGGAGAUUCAAGAGAUCUUUGCAGCUUCCUGACAGUCACUUCAUUUGUUCACGCUGAAUUGAAGUCCAGAACCUCCAGGGCUGCUAACGCCAUGGAUCUGCUUUCUGAACCGGAUUUGUGGCAAGAUGAUGACUUCUUGAUCAACGUGACGGAUGCUAACGCCAGCUCCGUUUCCACCACUUUUUUAUCGCCAGUUAUGGACAAAACUAUCAAUAUACUAAUGAUUAUUGUCCUCUUCAUCACCAUGGUUUCACUGGGAUGCACCAUGGAGGUUUCCAAGAUCAAGAGUCACAUACUGAAACCUAAAGGGGUGGCCAUUGCGGUUCUUUCCCAGUAUGGCAUCAUGCCUCUCACAGCGUUUUGCUUGGUCAAGGUUGGUGCUGCAGCUUCUCAUGAAAACAUUGUGAUGACGACCUGCUCCACGAUACUGGCUCUGGGCAUGAUGCCUCUCCUGCUCUACCUCUACUGCCAGGGCUUCUCCACCCUGCAGAACGCCGUGCCUUACGUGGACAUCGCAGUGUCCCUGGUCAUGAUCCUCGUGCCCUGCGGCGCCGGUAUCCUCCUCAACUACUACCGGCCGCAGUACUCCAAGAUCAUCACAAAGAUGGGCCUCACUAUAAUGAUGAUGUCCGUCGUGGUGAUCAGCAUCAUUGCUGGCUCUGAACUGGGAGGCUCGGUUCUGGCCGUGGCGUCUCUCCCACUCAUGUCCAUCGGUGCCCUCAUGCCCUUCAUCGGCUACGCCUUCGGUUAUCUCAUCUCCUCGCUCUUCAGGCUCAGCCAGCCGGAGCGGAGGACUGUCGCCAUGGAAACAGGCUGCCAGAACAUCCAGCUGUGCUCCACCAUACUGAAGCUGGCCUUUCCUCCAGCCGUGAUCGGGCCCAUGUUUCUGUUCCCGCUGGUCUACGUGUCGUUUCAGGUGUCCGAGGCCAUGGUGCUCAUCGCGCUGUUCAGGUGUUACAAACGCUUCACGGCGGGAGAGAAAGAAUCUUACCAGCCAGCGACGACUGGAGACAAAGUCAGGGAGCUGUCUGAUGGAGGAGCAUCAAACCUGACCCGGUAACGGUUACCUGGUAACCCGGCUGAGCUACACCCACCCGGGCUGAAGAGACCACCUGCCCCACACACAAAUGUCAAGAAAAAGUGUUUUACUGCAAGACAACUCCUGGAGGUUGUACUGCAGUACUUUGUAAAUGUACUUGUUACCUGCUGCACAGCCCUGACAGACAAAACCCAAGUUAUAGUUAAAAUGGAUUUAUUAAGUCUUGUUUUCAUACACCAUACAAACAGCUACUGUAUUUCUCACUGAAAAUAAAAUCCCCAUGUACA